CGCAUCGAUACCAGCUAUCCUAGUACUGCUAGGCACUACCAGCGUCGAAGCUGCAAUGGGCAACGCUUUCAGCUCGGGUCCUGUUGCUGACGGCAACUUCAUUCGUGCCGCCAAUGCAACACUUGUUGUUCCCAAAGCCCAGAUCCCUCAAGUAGGCUUAUUGUCCUUGUGGACUGGCAUGGGAAUGAGCAAUGGCGACCUCAUUCAAGCGCUAGUCGAGUCUUACGAUGGACAACCUGAUACUGAUUGUGGCCCUCUCAAUGGCGAUUGGUGCGCUUAUGCGAGUGUGCUCGAGAUAGUAGGCGACGGUCAAGGUAGCUCAUGCCCUAGCUCGUUGCAGCAUCUGGCAGCUGACAGAAAUCAUANNGAGCAGCUGGGUGGAGCCCAAGUCAAGACGACAGCAGGAGCCCUUGUAACCAUGAGCUGUAUGAAGAUACUCUACCUUGUCUGUUCUUUGUAUCAAGCUGAUCUUUCUCCAGAUCUCUACAAUGAUAUGACUGAUGCAUACGACCAAUACGUCUAUGUCAAUGGUAAACAGACUUCGAACUUUACUUCAUCUCUGGGCUGGGGAACUGCCGAAGAAUGCCAGCCAGACUAUCCCUGUGGCUUGAUCCCAGCACAUGUUUGGAAAAGAUCCNACUGGAUCAACGUUGCACUGGAGCUUGAGCAUCCGCAGACUGAUUAUGACCAAACUUUCGGCAAUGGAGGUUCUGAAGGCACUCUUGCAAGCUCAGACGGCGGCAAGACCUGGACUGGAAACAAGCUGCACAUUGAUGAGGUGUACUUUGAUUACCCGAUCACAUACGACACUCCGAUCUGUCCUGGAGCCAACGCCACGGUCUACAAAAGCCGUGCAGGCCGCAGCUACGAUAUCGAUUGCGACAUGGACUUUGACGGCGACGAGAUCAAAGCAAUGCAUGUUGGUAGCGGCAAGAUCGCAGACUGCAUUGUUUACUGCGAUCAAGCGGACGAUUGUAUUGGUGUCACUUUGUCAGGAACGACGUGUUCGCUCAAGUCGAGCCAAUGUGACGAGUCAGUAAGAGAAGGCUUUCAGAUGGCUUUACUCCAG